GUGAGGAUAGAAGAACAAAACGUUUGUGUGUGUUUGUAAAGUCUGGGUUGAGCCAGUAAACAAGGAACUUCAUAGCUUCAAAAUGUCCAAUAAAUUAUAUAUUUUUAAAUAUUUUUUUCUCUGAAUUAAUUUUACAACUGAAUAUCAUACACACUAAGAGCUACUUACACGUUGCUUUGUUGCGUAGAGGACCUUAAAUUCUGAUUUACCGAAAGUCACGUGCACCAUUUACUGACAGUAUUUGACCCAGCCCUUGUUGAUUUCCAAAGGUAAGCUACUUCCAAAAGACCCACAAGCCUGUGAAGUUCUCUACCCUGAAAGAUCCCUAGAAUUACCUUAGUAUCCAGUCUACAUUCUUGUGAAUCAUGAAGUCCUUGGCUCUAGCCUUAAUCCUGUGUGUGCUGCUUCCACUGUUCCAUGCUUUUUGCUACGUGAAGCCUAUGACCUCGAAGCCAGGCAAGAUCACCCAUUGUCGUGAUGACAAAGAUGAGACAUGGCAUCCUAUUGGUUCCAGCUGGAGGAACAGUGAUUGCAUGGACUGCACUUGUAAUUCAUGCUGCUCGGGGUAUACAACUCCUGUAGAUUUUCCUGUUGAUUGCAUGAAGGAGUGGGACCAAAAGGCAUGUGAAUUCAAGGUGGUUAAGAAGAGGGAUCCCUCCAUUUCAUGCCCUAUCUUCGCCUCUGUGGGGAAGUGAAUUGUUUACUUCGCUGUGUUCUCAGUAUACAAUGAAUAAAAUAUGUUGUCAGCUUACUUUGUGUCAAAUGUGAAUGUUCUGGUGUCUGACGAAUUGGGUUGGUUGAAAUGAAAUGUUAAAAACAUCAUGAUACGAAUUAAAAAUAAAGAUACGUGUUAGUGUGCAACUUUCUGUUUCAUUUGUAAAGAUCAUCCUCUGUUACUCAGCACCUCACCUUAGGGUGUCCAUACUUUAUUUACUUCAAGAACGUCAUGAUAGAUGUUAAAUGCCAUUUACUGCCAGAAAAAUAUCAAUACACAAAGAUGUGAGAGUGUUUUUGUAAGGUCUAGUUUAAGCCAGUAAAUAAACAACUUAAAAUGGCUAUUUGCAGUGUUGCACCGUUGCAUAAUGGACCUUAAAUUCAGAUGUCCCCCUUAAGUCCACACACACCAUUUACUGACAGUGUUUGUUUCAGGUCAUUGACUUAUUUGUUUUGUGGUUAUGAAAUGUUUAGUUAAUCUAUUCCCAAUUAAGAAGAAACUGAACGUAACAGGUUUGAAGUCAGGGGGGUUUACUACAAAGCAUAAUCAAUGAGUUAGCCAGCUAACUUUGAUAAAAAAAUAUCAAUACACAAAGAUGUGAGAGAGUUUUUAGUCUAGUUUAAGCCAGUAAAUAAACGACUUAAAAUGGCUAUUUGCAGGCUUUCAUUCAAAUUUCCCCAAAAGUUUACACAACAUUUACUGACAGUGUUUGUUUCAGGUCAUUGACAUAUUUGUUUUGUGGUUAUGAUAUUUUUAGUUAAUCUAUUCCCAAUGCAGAAGAAAUGGAAUGUAACAGGUUUGAAGUUUAGAGGGGUUUACUACAUAGCAACCAGAAAUAACAAUUGAUUUGAUGAUUUAUUAAAUGUCUUUUCGUUUGUUAAAUCAAUUAGACCAUUCCCAUUUCAAGGUUAUCUUUCUACACAUUAGAAAGUUAAAAUCAGUAUAUUUAUGCUGGUUUAUAGUAAACUCACUCCUCAGGUAAACAGACUGAAACUCUCAGAAAGACAAACAAGCCAUCUAGUGGUGACAGUCAGUAUGAAAAGGUUCCAUACCAGGAGAAUAUCAAAUAAAACUGUAUUUGUCACAUGCACCGAAUACAACAGUUGUAGACUUAACACUAAACAUUUAAUGGUAAAGUCUACACCUGUUGUAUUUAGUGCAUGUGUCAAAUACAAUUUGAUUUGAUUUGAUCUUAUGAGCUCCUGGUAGUGAUUGACACCACUAGAUGGCAGUAGAAGGGGAUAGUUUGUCUUUCUCUCACCUCUGUCUUCAUUAUUGCCUCAACCAUGAGAAAAAAGGAAAAGAAAGUCAGGGAGUCGUGGAAGGAGGCUUUAAGUUAGACACAAUUACAUAGGUUUCUCUGGAGCUGCCUGGAAUACACUUCCACUGUCCUACUUCCCAACAGUAUGAAAAGGGCAAAAGAAAAAGGCGAGAUAAGAGGAGUGUGCUGCUGUGAGGCUCAGUGCAUGUGUGUGUAGCCUGUGCUUGUCCCCGAGCCAGUGAUGAGAGCCUCCUGACUCAAUUGAGACAGACUGGAUUCAUAGCAUCAGUGCAUUCUCUGCCUUCCACUUCACCCUUUUGGAUUAGUUAUGUCCAAUGCUGAAGAAUAUUGGAUGAAGAUACAGAAAUAAGGAAUCCUUUUUUCUCUACUUGUUUUCCAAGGUGGUGUUAAUCUUCCUCUCACGUGAAAUAGCUCCUCCAAACUGGAAUAAUGUAUUUAUAUGGGUGCAGAGGCUCCUGGUUACCAGUGCUGCUUGGUGCUGUAAGUGCGCUGGUGGUGCUGACAGCUGGUAACGCUUGGCACAACCAGGACAGAGGUCAGGGUGAACCAUCCUGCUUCGGGGGCUUUGACCUCUACUUCGUUCUGGACAAAUCUGGGAGUGUGCAGCACCACUGGGUUGAAAUCUAUCACUUUGUGGAACAUCUGGCUCACAAGUUCACAAGUCCACAGCUGCGCAUGUCCUUCAUUGUGUUCUCUACUGAGGGACAGAUUUUGAUGCGGCUUACAGAGGACAGGGAGCAGAUUCGAAAAGGUCUGGAGGAGCUCCAGAGGGUACUUCCAGGUGGAGACACCUUUAUGCACGAAGGCAUCCAGAGGGCCAGUGAGCAGAUAUACUAUGGAAACUCUGAAGGAUACCGUACCGCAAGUGUUAUUAUUGCUCUCACAGAUGGGGAGCUGCAUGAGGACCUCUUCUACUAUGCUGAGAGGGAGGCCAACCGAUCGCGGAGUCUGGGUGCCUCAGUAUACUGCGUGGGGGUGAAGGACUUCAAUGAGACACAGCUGGCAAUGAUUGCUGAUAGCAAGGACCAUGUCUUCCCAGUGAAUGAUGGCUUUGAAGCACUUCAGGGGGUCAUUGAUUCGAUCUUAAAGAAGUCCUGUAUUGAGAUCCUGGCAGUGGAACCCUCCAGUAUCUGUGCAGGAGAAACGUUCCAGGUGGUGGUGAGAGGAAAUGGCUUCCUCCAUGCUCGGAAUGUCCAUAAGGUCCUGUGCAGUUUCCGAAUCAACGACACACUCACCAAGAGUGUGAAACCAUUAAUAGUGGAAGAUACAUAUCUCCUCUGUCCUGCCCCUAUUCUACAGGAAGAGGGAAUGGCAGCCAACCUCUAUGUCAGCAUGAAUGAAGGUCUUAGUUUCAUCUCCAGUUCAGUCACCAUUACAACUGUGAGCUGUUCUGAUGGAACCAUCCUGGCCAUCGCCCUGCUCAUCCUCAUGAUGCUCUUAGUCUUCAUGCUGCUCUGGUGGUUCUGGCCUCUCUGCUGCACUGUGAUGAUCCAUGAGCCACCACCACCAGUACUGGAAGACAGUUCGGAUGAGGAAGAAGAUGGGAUGCCCAAGAAGAAGUGGCCCACGGUUGAUGCUUCCUACUAUGGUGGCAGAGGUGUGGGUGGAAUCAAAAGGAUGGAGGUGCGUUGGGGUGAGAAAGGCUCUACUGAGGAGGGAGCCAAGCUGGAGAAGGCCAAGAACGCCAGGGUGAAGAUGCCCGAGCAGGAGUUUAUACAGACCCCGACUCGCAUCCUCAACAAUGGCACGCGCAAGCCUCCUGGCCCUCAUAAGUGGUACUCACCAAUUAAGGGCAAGCUGGAUGCUCUGUGGGUUUUGCUGAGGAAAGGCUAUGACCGUGUGUCUGUGAUGCGACCACACCCAGGAGAUAAGGGCCGAUGCAUGAACUUCACCCGGGUCAAGUCCAAUCCUCCUCGCUACCCCCACUACAACCAUCACUCAGCCCCCAUCUACACCCCUCCAAGAGGCUGCAACCCACCACCUCCCCAAGGCAAACUCCCCCUUCCCACCGGCAGCCCCCUAGCCUCCCCCUCUCCAUCCUCCACCUCCACACUGAGUCCACUGCCCUCAAAACCCCCUCCUUUUUCUACCACUCCUCUUCCUCCCAUUACUCCACCUCCUACCAUCACACCCCCACCUUACACUCCUCCUUCAACUCCAGCCCUCCCUCCAACCAGUCUGCAUAUACCCCCUCCUCCUAUGUGCCCCCCUUCCCCUCCACACCCUGCAUCCCCAACCAGCUCCCUGCCCCCACCCGCUCAGGCCCCUCCUCCAGGGCAAGGCCCCCUGCCCCCACCCCCUGCCCGCCCACCACCACACCCCUCUUUGUAAAUCCUCAGCAGUGAUUGGGAGGGCAGGGGUUGACUAGUACUAGUACAAGGAAGAUCAACAGGAAUCACAACUCUCCCCUCAUUCUACUGCCACCCAGGAUAUCUGUGUGGCUCACACACUUGUCAGCUAUUUGUUUACAGUGGCCCAUGUACACAUGUAGGUCAAGAGUACAAAGAGAAGUUGUACUUGAGGUUCCACGGAUAUCUCCUGAUGGACAGCUUUCCUUAUAGACAGAUCUAUGUUGUCCAUAGCUGGUCAGGUCUGCACAAAACACAGUUACCUUGUCAUGGCAAUAAGAGCUAAGCCCAUCUGUCCAUUCUACAACCAACAGAAGAAUGGAUCGAUAUCAUCGUAACAAAGUAAAGCCAAGUGUUGGAUGGUUGCCUGUUUAAAAAAAUAAACUGAGGCUCUUGAGAGAUGGCUGAGGUAUUAAGUUCAGAAAUGAAUUGAGAGAUGUCUCCAAAUGAUAUUCCAAUAAUGUAUCAGUCUGAAUUUUCCACAUGCAAUAUUUGUUUUUCACUGACAAACAAGUUAUUAUGAGCAGCGGAAGGAUUCUUAGAAUCACAAAAAUGUUCUAGUGUCAAUGCCCUGCUGCAUUGCACAAUUACUGUCAAGUCGAGGACAAUGUUUCUUAAUGACAGCAUUAAGGAUGAUUUUACGCCUUAAAUGCCUUUAAUUAAAAACAGAAUGUUAUUGGAGAGCAAUUACAUUCCAGUGGUUUAAGUCAUUUGUUCAUCCAUGUGACAGAUUGAUUCAUAUGAUGGGUCUUGGUUAGUUUAUAGCAUUCCUAAAAUGUUUUAUACAUAUAGCAUGUAUAAAUAUGUCUUACUUUUUGUCUUUGUAUUGUCCAUUCAGUGUUGGAUAACUAUUUUGCAGAGUAUGAUUGCUGUGGUGAACAAAAUAAUAAUUACGAAUAAAUGACAAUAAAUGUGUGCAUAUGAGUCCUCACAAUUAUGCCAAAUUCCUCAGAAUCAGCACUAUCAAUGGUUAAUGUUAUAUAGUUGGGUUUACAAUGUUGUAUUUCAACUCAAAAUGUUAUGACGUAUAUAUCCUUGGCCUUCCCCAAAAAAUGUAAAACAUGUUUUUGUCAUUGCUGCUCCUGUGGUUCAAUGUGGUUUAUUGAAGUCACAUAAAUAAAAAAAAAUCUAAUUACACAUUGUGUAACUGACCAAAGAAUAUCAUAGGUUAACGAUGGUUAGCCUCUGAACCGGGCCAUGACGACUUCAACUAUUGAUGCUAAGUCUAUAGGCAGUCUAUGGGUCAAAGUGUUCCAAGCACAAGUUGGAUUAUGUAAUGCUUUGAGUUGCCCAUAAAACAGGAUGAGUUUUAUGUAAACACACUUGAACAAACUAUAUGUCUUAUCACACCCAGACACACAUGUUGGCAGGCAUCUGCAUGUGUGGUUCUGUGCCAGUGACUGGGAUCUUGUCCACACAAUGGAUCAGAAUCUCCCCUGCAGCAUCAGACACUUUACUAUACCUCCAGAUGAGGUGUAAUAUAGACCAGGCCUUCUGUCUGUCCAUAAGAGGAUGAUUGGAGACAAUCAUAGAAAGUUGGCUUUGUAGUGAGUCAAGUUUAUGAAAGUACAUAUUGAUGUACAGAUGUCUGAUUUUGUAUAGUAAAAGGCGCAUCCAUAUAUUUAGCAAUCUGAAUAUGUGUAGAAAAGGAAGGUAUUUUAUGUUGGGUCUAGAAAACUUGAAGUGGAGUCACUCUCUGUGUUCCUUUGUGAAGGAAUCAUAUUUUCAUUACAGACGUAUUGACUUUACAUGCACCUGCCAGGCUCUCAGGUCAAAAUAAGUGUACUGUAGCCUGGAGACUGGAAAGCAAGGCAGUAUAAGCAAGUACAGAUUUAGCUGGCAUUGCUAUGUAACCAAUUGUCAUUUAGAAUUUAUGAAGUAAACGUUGAAUCCUUUAA